AGUUUAAUUGUAAGCAAACGUGAAUCAAAUAAAAAACUUACCGUGUCAUAUUCUAAGAGGAAACAGGUUAGAUACUAAACUUUACCAUAUUGUUACCUUAACUUUACCUAAAUAUGGGUUAUUGCCAUUUGCUUAACUCGGUAAACCGUCUCAAAGUCCCAGCAAAUCGAAUAUUGAAAUGUUUUAGCUCAAACAAGCGGACCGUCUCUUCCGUUUUGACUAGCACAAAUGAAGCCAAAGUCAAUGUUGGAAUCACUGAUUUAUCUGUUGGUUCGGAAUAUGAAGGUUUUCAAGUCAAAUCUAUACAAGAAGUACAAGAUCUUGCACUGACUGUAGUAAGACUUUCUCAUUUGAAGACUGGAGCAGAUUACCUCCACCUUGCUAGAGAAGAUGCCAACAAUGUUUUCUGUGUUGGUUUCCGCACUGUUCCUAAAGAUUCAACAGGAGUGUCACAUAUUCUUGAACACACUGUUCUGUGUGGAAGCAAACAGUAUCCAGCACGAGAUCCAUUCUUCAAGAUGCUCAACAGAUCUCUAUCAACAUUCAUGAAUGCCAUGACAGGGCCCGAUUACACAAUCUAUCCAUUUUCAAGUCAAAACUCAAAGGAUUUCAAAAACCUUUUGUCUGUCUACUUGGAUGCAGUCUUUUACCCUCAUCUUAGAGAACUGGAUUUCCUUCAGGAAGGUUGGAGACUUGAACAUGAGAACCCAUUAUCCCAAGAUACUCCUCUCCAGUUUAAGGGAGUUGUAUUUAAUGAGAUGAAGGGUGCUUUUUCUGAUCCAUCAUAUGGAUUGAAUCAACAGCUUGUAAGGAAUCUCCUACCAAGCCACACCUAUGGAAAUUGCUCUGGAGGUGAUCCUCUCAAAAUCUUGGAUUUAACAUGGCAGCAAUUAAAAGAUUUUCAUGCAAAACAUUACCACCCGAGCAACUCUAGGUUUUACACUUAUGGUAACAUGCCUCUGAGAGACCAUUUGCAAUUCAUCAAUCAAAACUAUUUGAAAAGCUUUGAGCGAAUCUCACCCAGCGAAGAAGUUCCAAACGAGAAACGUUGGGUCCAACCUCGACAAAUCAGUGUCGAUGCACGAGAAGAUCCGUUCGCACCGAACCCCGAGAAACAAGCCUCAGCUGUUGUUAGUUAUGCUCUCGCAGAUAUCAACGAUCUGUACGAGACUUUCGUGUUGCAAAUUUUAAGUGAACUUCUCACUGGAGGACCUAACUCACCGUUUUAUCGCAAUUUGCUUGAGCCGAAUAUCGGUACAGGUUACUCACCCGUCACCGGAUUUGAUAGCCAUACCAAAGACACCACUUUUACUAUUGGAUUGCAGGGGGUUCACAGCCAAGAUGUGGAAAAAGUUUUGGGGAUUAUCCGCUCUACGUUUGAAGAAGCUGCCAGAGAUGGCUUUCCGGCUGAACGAAUUGAAGCAGUCCUCCAUUCCAUCGAAUUGGCCGUGAAGCACCAAACAUCCAGUUUUGGUCUUUCGAUGGCUAUGAAUCUGACACCGCUUUGGAACCAUGGAAGUGAUCCUGUAGAAGCGUUGUAUAUCAACGCAAAAGUGGAAAAAUUCCGUCAAAACUUGCGUGACAAUCCCGACUAUUUGAAGAACAAAGUCCGCCAGUAUUUCGUCGAUAACACGCAUAAGCUAGUAGCAGUUAUGCAACCGGACAAGGACUUUGAAAUGAAAUUGGAACAACAAGAAAAAGCCAUACUUGAUGCCAAAUGUCGGUCCUUGACCGAUAAAGACAAGGCUUCCAUUUUCGCCAAAAAUCAAGAGCUUCUUGCCAUGCAAAGCAAAGUAAAUGACACCGAAUGUUUACCAACACUCCAUCUCAGCGAUAUUUCCAACCAAGCGGAACAAGUGCAGUUGGACAACGUGAAAAUACUUGGAGUUCCUCUUCAAGUAGCUGUGCAGCCAACUAACGGCAUAACGUACUUUCAUGGCGUGUUAAACACGGCAGACUUGCCGGAGAAGCUGAAAAUUCAUUUGCCUUUGUUCGCUAUGGCUGCCACAAAAAUGGGUGCGGGAGAUAUGGAUUACCGUCAGCUGGAUCAACAGAUCGAACAUAAAACUGGCGGACUCUGUUUCGGCAUGUACCUAACCGAAGGUCCUGGUUCCAUCCGCUCUUUUGAACAGGGAAUUCAAUUUUCGUCCCACUGCCUAGAUCGAAAUCUUCCCGACAUGUUUCAGUUAUGGCAAUCCGUUUUCAACCGACUUCGCCUAGUAGACGAGGAUCGACUGGAGACGCUCAUUCGAAAUUUAGUAGGCGACUUGGGUAAUAGUCUUACCCACUCUGGACAUCACUACGCCAUGACUCACGCUGCAUCGUGCCUCACGCCAACAGCCCACCUCAAAGAGUCGGACGAAGGAGUGACUUACAUCAGGAGGGUGAAAGCCAUAGCUGAAACCAAUCAGUUUGAACCGCUGCUUGAAUGUAUGCGUGACAUUGCCAGUCAUUUACUAGUUAAAAACAAUAUGAGAUGUGCUCUGAAUGUUACGUCCGAUUCACGAGAAGAGGCUAUUAAACAAUUGGAAGGAUUUGUGUCUUCAGUCAAGGGAUCACCUGUCGACCAAGAUGUGUGGACCAUUGAUAAUGAAUUCCAACCCAUUAUUCAGCGCAGCCAUUACGUUUUACCGGUUCCUGUCAACUUUACUUCAAAAGUGUUACCUGGUGCUUCUUACUUAUCGCCGGAUUACGCUCCGCUUCGAGUACUAGCCGGCAUCAUGUCAGCCAAGUUCUUGCAUCCUGAAGUUCGAGAGAAAGGUGGAGCUUACGGUGGCGGAGCCAGUGCUUCAGCAGCGGGACUCUUUUCAUUCUACUCGUAUCGCGAUCCCAAAUCACUAGAAACUAUUGAGACCUUUGAUCGAGCUGUUGAAUGGGCUCUCAAAGCUGACUACAACGACGAAGCGAUCAAAGAAGCUAAACUUCGAGUCUUCCAGAAGAUCGAUGCUCCAACUCCGCCAUCUGGUAAAGGCAUGCGCCUUUUCCUCAGCCAUAUCACUGACGAGCAAUUUGCUGCCCAUCGUCAACAAUUGGUUAAUGUAACUAAAGAUGACCUGGUCCGAGUUUGCCAAGAGUAUCUCCGUCAACCAGCCGUCCAUGGUGUCACCAUAAUCGGCCCACCCAACGACACAACAGCAAGAGAUCCCUCGUGGAACGUGGAAUUCUCUUAGUUUCUUUAUGAAAUUUGUUGAAUUAGAAAACAUAUCCUAGUUUUUUGUUUUUGUUUAACAAAUAUUGUGUUCUUAUUCUUGAGAACUGUUCCAAAAUAAACUCUUGAUGUUUGAG